GUCAAUGGUUAAUACUUAGAUACUUCACAUUAAAUGAAAGUAUAAUUAAAUAAUACUAAAAUGUAAUGAGAACAAUUUUGCAUUGAACAUUACUUUUAACAUCUGGUUUCACCUUUUUUCAAUAAUUUAAGGCUACAUAUUUACAUAUUAGUGCGUUGAAACAUCAAGUUAUCAUACUAUUUUAGUGGAAAUUAUGGUGGAGAACGGUGCAUCUAGUGGCGGUAGCGAAAGUCCAAAUGCAACCACUGGAAGAUCCGGUUUAUUAGAAACAUUAGUCCGUGGAGUUUGGUAUCGGGUGCAUUGUUCCUUGGAGGAUGAUUAUCUUAGUGUAUGCUUAGACGAUGGCUACGAUGCUACCACGACUCUAAAUGGUACCUUAAACAAUAACAAUGUCGAGACACCGAACAGUGAUUUCACUGAAGUACCUGAAGCUAUCGCUAAUCAGAAACGGAUGGUACAAGUUGUUAAAUCUGAUAAUAAUGGCUUGGGGAUAUCAAUUAAAGGAGGAAUAGAAAAUAACAUGCCCAUACUUAUAUCGAAGAUAUUUAAGGGUAUGGCAGCGGACCUUACAGAACAACUGUAUGUUGGUGAUGCUAUACUUUCAGUUAAUGGAGAAGAUUUGAAAGAUGCCACUCACGAGGAAGCCGUUAAGGCCCUUAAAAGAGCUGGUAAAAUGGUUCAACUAGAAGUUAAGUAUCUUCGUGAGGUUACUCCAUAUUUUCGUAAAGCUUCAAUUAUUAGUGAAGUGGGAUGGGAACUUCAGCGUGGCUAUAUGGUAGAAACUCCACCAUCACCACCAUCACCUAGACGUCGACGUGCUGAUACGAGAUAUGUACCACUCCUUAUGGCCUGUGUUGCAAAGAAUCUUCGACACCAUGAUCCAGAGGAGCGCACGAUAGAAAUCUACUCCCCCGACGGCGUGCACGCGCUGGCCCUGCGCGCGCCCUGCAGCUCGUCGGCGGCGGGCUGGCACCGCGCACUGCACGCGGCGGCCCGGCGAGCGGCGCGGGCGGCGCUGGCGCGCGCGCGGCCUCGCCUGCGCUCUCUCAUAGGAGACGUGCGCUACGCCGGCUGGCUCGCCAGGCGUCCACCGCAGGAUCACAUGGGCGCGUCCGGCGGGUCCGACGACUCGGACGAGACGGAGGGGUGGCAGCCCACGUUCGUCGCCAUCACGGACCGGGAGCUGCGCCUGUACGAGGCGGCGCCGUGGUCGGGCGAGGCGUGGUGCGCGCCGGCCGAGAGCUUCGGGCUGGCGGCCACGCGGCUGGCGUGGUGGCGGCGCGGCUCGGGCGCGGCGGCGCUGGGCGUGCGCGCCGGCACGCCGGGCGGGCUGUGCGUGCGCGCGCUGCGGGCCGACGCGCCGCACGACCUGGCGGCGGCGGCGGGCGCGCUGGUGGACGGCGCGCACGCCGCGGUGCGCGCGCAGCCCGAGUUCACGUUCCGCUGCCGGUACCGCGGCGCGUGCGCGCGGCUGUCGCUGGGCGCGGGCGGCGUGUGCGUGUGGGAGGCGGCGGGCUCGCUGGGCCGCGGCGGCGCGCGCGCGCUGUACCGCCGCCCGCUGCACGCGCUGCGCGCCUCGGCCGACGACGACCGCGCCGCGCUGUGGCUGCACUUCGCCGACGACGACACGCUCGAGCUGGACAUGGAGGGCAGCCCCAAGCCGGCGGUGUUCAUCUUACACAACCUGCUGUGCGCGCGAGUGCACGCGCUGCCGGCCGACGCGCUCUAGCCGCGCCCCAGCAGCGCCCUAGCCGCGCCCUAGCCGCGCCCUAGCCGCGCCCUAGCCGCGCCCUAGCCGCGCCCUAGCCGCGCCCUAGCCGUGCCCUAGCUACGCCCCAGCCGCGCCCUAGCGGUGCCGUGGCCGUCACUGACCGGCUGCGCGUCUCCUACGACGGUUCGAAGAUUACUUUCUGUUCGUAUGUCCCGGCGUUGCGAUGUGAUGCUGUUAUGACUUAGUUACGACGUCGAGUCGGAGUUUUGUUUUCUACAGAAGUGUUGCCGAUUUCUCUAGAGUUCUGUGAGAAUAAUUGACUAUUGGCGAUAUAAUGUAAGUCAUCGCACGAAUAUUUGUCCGAUACAUUCCAAAGCUGUGGUUUAUUUACUUAGUCUCUGUUUUUUUUUUUUAUUUAAAACGUUGUAUCCUGCGCUCUUCCAAAGAACGAAUCUCUGUAAUUUUAUUUAAUAUUAAUACAGUAAGGAUUUGUAUGAUAUGUUAUCGAUUAUAAUAUAUUUUUUAUAAUUUAUUUGUUGUAUAUAAAUAGCUGUAGUGUUUUAUAAUUCGUACGUUCCCGAGUGUAGAAUAGGUUAACUUUAUUUAAUAAGAUUAGAUAAUGUUUGUUCUCGAAUACUCCGCCAUUGAGUUACUCACUUGUUUUAUUAUUAUCUCGAUUGAAGUUUUCGUAAUCGACAAUACGUGCAAUAAUUUAUUAAAAGUCUAGUAAACUAAUAAUAUUUGGUUCUGAUCUGAUGAGUGUAAAUGUAAUAAUAAGUGUAUUAUUAAUAAAACUAAUAACACUCAAACACGAUAUAAUGACGAAUAUAAAAUCAUAUACAGUUUAGCAUAAUUAAUGAAUAUUUCCCCUUUUUAAAAAUUGUGAUUAAAAAGGUAAAAGGACUUUUUUUAUAAUGUGUGUUUUCGUUUAUGUCGAAGGUAUGACUUGUAUUGGACGAAAUGGCUGGUUGUAUAUUUUAUUAUUGGCAAUACUAUGUUAUUGAUUGCACUCUAGCCUUUUGAGUCUCUUGGCCUACGUUUGUAUGUUUGCGCGUAAAUGCAUAUAGUAUAUAAUACGUGGCUUGCGUUGAAAGUAGCUGGUUUUAUUAUAUUAAAACAUUUUAUGCUUUAAAUAUAAAUAAAAUUAAUAAGUGUAAUGAAAAUUCGAAAUUAACUGUUCUCGUUGUGUAUAAAUUAUUCAAUGGUUCAACACUUGAUAGAUUGACUGAUCAGUAAAUAUUGUCUAUUGUAUUUUUUAAUUUUAAAUCCGUUUUUUUUUGUCGAAUAUUUAUUUACAACUUAACUUAGUGCUUAGAUCGACAUUAACAAUAUGAACACACGUGAGCAAUAUAAUUCUCACUGAAUCGAGUGAUCAUCGAGUGACCCGAUUAGUUACCAUAUACAAAAAUUAAAACGCUUAAACGCAUAGAUUGUAAUCAUCAUAUUAAUAAUAAGUUGUGUAAUGAAACGUGUUGCCAUAUCAAUUAGACGAAACUAACGUAUGAUGUAAGUCAGUAAACUUGUAAUCUCUUAGCAUUUCUAUGAUACAAUUGAUAUUUCUCGGUAUACUAUUCGAUCAUGACUAAUUUUGUACUAUUUGUAAGUAUUAUUAUAUCAUUCCUCCUUGAUAAGUAUUGAGAUCGUCCGGGACAAGAGAUUUGAGACAAAUAUCUUGUAUUGGUGUGAUAAUCUUUCUGAGUGUUGAUGUUUGUAAUUGGUUGUAUUAAAUCUACAAUAUAUUUAAAUGAAAUAAAUUGUACUGGAAUUUAUUGUUACCAGCGCCAAAACGUUGCGCCAAAUGUCUGCCCAAUGAGUUGGAUGUGAUUGGCUUAAAAAUCAUUUGCUGAAUUAGUUCCAUACACACUAACUAGUGCAGUACAGUAAUAAAUAUAAUUUUUGUAAAAAAAAAAACACGUCAAAAUAUAUAAUUUAAUCUGAUCCAAGUGAAAACUCUCCAGUCGAAAUAUUUGUGUCAAAUGUUCAUCAACCAUUAAGGUCUGUGUUGGUCCGGCAUUAUUACAAACAUCCGUCAAAUUGUCCCGACGAUCUAGUUAUGUCAAGACAACCCCAAGCGUAAUAAAACACACCGAUUUGUAUAGCAAACGUCACUUUGGAAUUGAUAGUGUACUGAGGACAGGUUGACGGAGCAAGCUAUAACUAAGCUAAGGCGACAUUAUCGUUCAAUUUUUAUAUAACCAUAUAACUCUUUUUUUUUUUUAAAAGAUAAUAAGUUUGUGGUGUCGUUUUAUUACCUCGGGUGUACCUAUUUCCACUGUAGAUCUCUGGUACACGCACUACCAAUGGCACAUAAUCUUUCCCUAUUUAACUAAACCAAGCACAGAUACAUUUUAAGUAAAAAUAAUUCGAAUAACGAUUCUAUUAAGACGGAAAUAAUUGAAAAGGGUUAACUAUAAUAAGUACCUCGUUCUUGAUACUAGUGUAUAAUAAUAGCAUCCUUUGCUAGUCUGUGGAUAAAACCUCGUCUGUUCCCUUGUUACCAAUAAAUUAUAAAUAUCUGACGUAUUAAUACUCUACUCUAUGGGUUAAAGGCUGAUUUAAUUUUGUAUAAUUCAACAUUUUAUUUAUAAGAUCAAUGAGAGUUUAAUUUUUAAAUAGUAAUUAAUUUACAGUUACGCUUAAUACGCUAUGCACAUGUUAAGUAUCGCAAUUAACAUCUUUAUCGUGCCUUGUUCUAUUUUUAAACACGUCAAUGCAUAAUAAAUUAUAAUUAAAAAUAAUAUUUUUAAUCUGUCGCUACUGAAACGGUGAUUUAAGUCAAAUUAAUUUAUUUGGCUUCAACCUGUGUAUGAUCAUCGGUCGAUGUCGGCCGAUAACUCGAAAGCCAAUAAAAUGAAUCUCAUUUCUGAAUCUUUGAUCAAUGUCGGAUUAAAUAUUUUUUCUUUUUUGUUAAUGAGCGUUUGAGAUUAAUUAAUCUGACUUUGAUUAGCGUUUCAGAACCAGGAGUUAAAUCACGCUUUUAUGAGCACAUUAAUAGUUUUAUGUUUAUUCUGUAGAGUUCAAAGAAAAAGGACGUGUAUGAGGAAAGGGCAAUAUGUUAUUAUCUUCAAUCGUUCGGUUUUCUUUUUACCUUUACAGAUAUACGAAAUAAGUAUUUAUUAAUUUUUAACUUAUUAUUUAAUUCUGGGUAUAUAAUGGGAGUGAUUAACUGUUGUUUAAUAAUAAAUAAGUACUGUCUCGUCCAGCAGCAGAUCUUAAUAAUCACAAUAUUACCAAAAUACUCAUUGACACGAUUAACGAGCACAAAUUCGAUGGUCUCCCGUUGGCUGUUACCGCCAACAUCACACCAUACGUCGGUGGUACCAUAUUAUUGUAUUGUCAGAGUUGCAGGUGCGCAGUUUCAAAUUGAUGUUAAAAAAAAAAACCAUCGGAUUUUUAAUGUUACAGGCAAAGCGUAUGUAAGCGUGUUAAUGU